AGAAUAAAAAACAAAGCCGCAGAGGAGCACAACAUCUCAGCCAGCUCCACCUCUCCAAGCAGGCCGAUCUCCGACCACACUGCACAAUGAGUAACUAUUCUAGCAUGCACUUGUCCUCACGCUCCUCUGGAGCAGGAGGCUCAAGUAUGGGCUUGAAUCAAAGAUAUGCUUCCAGCGUCUAUGCUGGCUCAGGCGGCAGAGGGACCAGAGUCUCUGUUUCCUCUGGUUCUUUUGGGGCCGGAGGUGGUCUUGGUUCUGGUGGUUUUGCUUUUGGCUCAGGAGGUAGUGCAGGCUUUGCUGGCGGUGCAGGCGGUGCAGGCAGUGGAGACUUCCAACUUGGAGCCAAUGACAAGGCCACCAUGCAGAACCUCAAUGACCGGCUUGCCAGCUACCUGGAGAAGGUGCGCACCCUGGAGAAGGCGAACAGUGAGCUCGAGCUCAAGAUCCGAAAUUUCCUGGACAGCAAAGCUGCCCCCGCCGGCCGUGACUAUUCAAAGUUCUAUGCCACCAUCGUAGAACUGCAGGGAAAGAUCCAGGACGGGUACCGUACCAAAGGAAGCAUUCAAAUUUCUUUGGAUAACGCCAGGCUGGCCGCUGAUGACUUCAGAAGCAAGUUUGAGACCGAGCUCUGCAUGCGCCAGUCAGUGGAGGCAGACAUUGCUGAGCUGAGGAGAGUGCUUGACCAGCUGACCCUUGCCAGGUCAGACUUGGAGCUCCAGAUUGAAGGCCUCAGGGAGGAGCUGGUCUUCCUCAAGAAGAACCACGAGGAGGAAAUGGCGUCAAUGAGGACUCAGGUCACUGGUCAGGUCAACGUUGAGGUGGACGCAAAACCACAGGAGGACUUGAGUGCCAUCAUGGCUGAGAUCCGUGAGCAGUACGAGGCCAUGGCUAAUAAAAACAAGAAAGAACUUCAAGAGUGGUACGAUAAAAAGGCAGAGGGGCUGAAGUCAGAGAUGUCUGUGAAACAAGAAACUUUAAUCUCGUCAAAGUCCGAAAUCUCAGAUCUCAAUCGGACACUUCAAAACCUGCAAAUAGAGCUGCAGUCUCAACUCAGUUUGAAAGCUGCUCUGGAGGGCCAAUUACACGAAACAGAGGCACGCUUUUCUUCUCAGAUCUCUGCCUUCCAGCAAAAGGUAUCAGUUCUGGAGGAGCAGUUAGUCAUGAUGCGCAACGACAUGGAACACCAAAGUCGAGAAUACCAGAUCUUGUUUGACAUCAAGACCAGACUGGAGAUGGAGAUUGCAGAAUACAGAAGGCUGUUGGAUGGAGAGGCCACGCAAACCUCCUCCACCUCCUCUUCCAAAUCCUCCAGCACUUCCUCCACCACGACCAAAAAGAUCAUUGUGGUCACUGAGGAGAUCAAGGACGGAGUGGUUGUGACAUCCUCCUCACAGGUUUCCUCUUAAGGAAAAGAUGAAGGGCGACAUGAUGAGGUCUGAAGUCAUCACCUGAACCGUUGUUGCUUCUCUGAAGUUGCAAAAAAAAUAAAGCCUCUCAGUUUCUCUCCAUCA